AUGGCGCUCUUAGCGCGCAAACCGCUGUUCCUCGCCUCUCCUUCCCCCUCCCCCACAGCCUCUAACACUCGCAUUCCCGCUCCCCGUCCCUCCCUCCUCCGCCAACACCGCCUGAGACUGCGGAUAUGCGUCGCCGCGUCGUCGUCAUCGUCGCCUGGCGACCAGAAGGUCGCAGAGCAGGACGAGUCGAGUCUGCCGCCCAAGGAGAGUGAAGUUCUCAGCCUCAAGCGCGAGUCGGAGCAACCUCCCCAACCGCCCCCUCCGCGCGACACCAGCGCUGCCGACUCCCCUCGUCCGCGGGGCCGUGGUGGCGCGGGCAGGCGGCGGGAGCGCGCGUCGGUGGGGGAGGUGGUGCGGGGCGCCGUGCGCGCAGUGGAGGACGCGCCCGUCGAGACCGUCGGCGCUGCUGCUGCCGCCUCAGGGCUGGCGGUGCUGGGGGUGGUGUUCGCGACGUCGCUGCUGGGGUCGCUGGACUCGGUGCCACUGGCGCCCGAGUUCAUGCAGACCAUCGGCGUCGUCUACUGCGCCCUCGUCGCCAGGCAGUAUUUCACCAAGAGGAAGAUCGCAGUGGCGCCCACGCCCCUCACGGCCAUCCAGACGCUCUUCCCCACCACCACCACCACCGCUGACGCCGAUGCUGACCCAGACGCCCCCGCCUCGCGCAUUCCCGAGGGCAUGGGGGCGGGCGUGCAGGGGCGGCUGAGGGCGCUGGAGGCGGAGAGGGACGUGGCGGUGGCGGCGGCGGGGGAGAUGCGGCGCACGGGGCAGGAGAUGGCGCGCGUGGUGGCGGAGAAGGAGGCGCUGGAGGCCGUGGCGCUGCAGCUGGCGGAUGAGAGGGACUCCGCCAUCGCUGAGGUGACGGCACUGAAGACAGCGGUGAACGCGAUGACGGAGCGCAUGAGGGCGAUAGAGGCCAUGCUGGCGUCCGAGGUGCAGCGCCUGCAGGAGCAGAACCUCGCCCUCGAGACCGUUGCCCUGCAGCUGGCUGACGAGCGCGACUCCGCCAUCAAACAGGCGUCGGAGCUGAGGUCGGCGUUUGAGGCGCAGAGGGAGGAGGACAAGCGGGUGUUGGAGAUGUUAGCAGCGCAGCUGAUAGAGGAGCGCAACGCGGCGGUGAAGGAGGUGCAGGAGCUGAAGCAGGUGGUGGCGGGGCUGGCGGAGGCCACGGGGGCGGGCAGCGGGCUGACCAGCGAGAUGGAGGCCUUCAUCCGCAGCCGCGUGCGCGCUGAGGAGGCGGUGAAUGCGUUUGUGGCGCAUCUGGUGGACGAGUUCGGCGCCCCCAGGGAGUGGACGCACCGCUACAUCCGCCAGUUCCUCGACGCCGCCUCUGACGGCCACGCCAUCGCCCUCAACGGCCCCUCGCCGCCCUCCGACCGCUUCAACUGA